AUGAAGACUCUGAUUGUUCUCGCUCUUCUGGUGGCCGCCGUUUCGGCCCUACCGCAAUUCGGAUUCGGACGACCAGGAUUUGGUGGCGGAUUCGGCGGCGGACCCUACGGCGGCGGCUUUGGCGGUGGUCCAUAUGGCGGCGGCUUUGGCGGCGGUCCUUAUGGCGGCGGUUUCGGAGGUGGUCCAUACGGCGGCGGAUUCGGCGGCGGUCCCUAUGGCGGUGGAUUCGGUAAUCCCUAUGGCGGCGGUGGAAGGCGUCAUGGCGGCGGACGCCACCAUGGCGGUGGUGCUGCCUCUGCCUCCGCAUCUUCGUCAGCCUCUGCAGCAGGUGGUGGUGGCGGAGCAGCCUCCUCCUCCGCCUCUUCAUCCGCCUCUGCCAGCGGCGGUGGUUUCUACGGAUAA